CGUGCACCUGCUGCUGGCCUGCUCGCAGCUUGCUUCUCCUCCCCGCGCGCGCGUCGCGGCCAUUAAUUUACUCCGCCCCUGCCGCUGCCGCCGCGGCACUGCGCCAGCCCGCCCCACCACCCGGCUCCGCGCAGCGCGGCCCGGCCCCCCGUCCCCAUUUUUUAAACCCCCGCUUGUCUCCCUCCUCCGCCUUCCCUUCCCUUCCCCUUGCGUCCCAGUCCAACUCCCAACUCCGCAGCUUCCCCACGUCCCACGCGCGCUCGACCACCUCCGUGCCUCGGCGAGCGGAAUCAAGCCCUGAGUAACCGCCGGGACGCGGAGGUCUGGUAGGCGCCUCUGCUGCUCGGGAGAGGCGGCGGUGGAGGCUUCAGAGAGCGCCUGAGUCGAGGCGCUGCUGAUGAGCUGGCGCCCCGGCACGGCGGCGACGGCGUGGUGGUGGGCGGCGGAGAUUCAUUCCGCGGAUUUUUCACACGGGUGCUCGCCUAGCUCCUGCGCUGGUUCCAAAUUUUAUUACUCCGAAUUGCCUCGUGCCGCUCACUUUCGCCGGAAAGGAGGUCGACGCCUUCCUAGCAAGUAGUAGCUACUACUGGUUCAUAAAAGGUGGUGGUGGUGGGAGAAGGUGGGGUGGAUAUUCGCGUGUCCGGACGCGGGAUUCGGAUCAGGAUCUCGGCGAGAUGAAGGAUCCCGGAUCGGGCGGCGUCACGCCCAGCCCAGCAGAAGGGGACAAGAAACCCAUCAACUCGGAGCUGUGGCAUGCUUGUGCCGGGCCCCUGGUGUCGUUGCCGCCCGUGGGCAGCCUCGUCGUGUACUUCCCGCAGGGCCAUAGCGAGCAGGUUGCUGCUUCAAUGCAUAAGGAGCUGGACACGAUCCCCAGCUACCCGUCUCUGCCUUCUAAGUUGAUCUGCAAGCUUCUAAGUCUCACCUUACAUGCAGAUUCUGAAACCGACGAAGUUUAUGCCCAGAUGACGCUUCAGCCUGUUAACAAAUAUGAUCGAGAUGCAAUGCUGGCAUCUGAACUGGGUCUGAAACAAAACAAGCAACCAACAGAAUUCUUUUGCAAGACGUUGACAGCAAGCGACACAAGUACACACGGGGGAUUCUCAGUGCCACGCCGUGCAGCUGAGAAGAUAUUUCCACCACUAGACUUUACGAUGCAACCACCAGCGCAAGAACUCAUUGCGAAGGAUCUUCAUGACAUUUCAUGGAAAUUUCGACACAUUUAUCGAGGUCAACCAAAGAGGCAUCUUUUGACAACUGGUUGGAGUGUCUUCGUCAGUACCAAAAGGCUCUUAGCUGGUGAUUCAGUUCUCUUUAUAAGGGAUGAGAAAUCUCAGCUUCUCUUAGGCAUUCGGCAUGCUAGCAGACCCCAACCAGCUCUGUCAUCAUCAGUUUUAUCAAGUGACAGCAUGCACAUUGGAAUUCUGGCAGCAGCAGCCCAUGCCGCUGCAAAUAGUAGCCCAUUUACUAUUUUCUAUAAUCCAAGGGCAAGCCCAUCAGAAUUUGUCAUCCCUUUAGCAAAAUACAAUAAGGCUCUAUAUACACAAGUGUCCCUUGGAAUGCGAUUCAGAAUGCUCUUUGAGACAGAGGAUUCAGGGGUAAGAAGAUAUAUGGGCACAAUCACAGGCAUUGGUGACUUGGAUCCAAUCCGGUGGAAGAAUUCUCAUUGGCGAAACCUUCAGGUUGGUUGGGAUGAAUCAACUGCAUCUGAGAGGCGCACCCGUGUUUCCAUAUGGGAGAUUGAGCCAGUUGCUACACCAUUUUAUAUAUGCCCACCGCCAUUUUUCAGGCCAAAGCUUCCUAAGCAGCCCGGAAUGCCAGAUGAUGAGAAUGAGGUUGAGAGUGCUUUCAAAAGAGCGAUGCCGUGGCUUGGUGAUGACUUUGCUCUGAAAGAUGUCCAAAAUGCAUUAUUUCCAGGCCUGAGCCUAGUUCAAUGGAUGGCUAUGCAGCAAAAUCCUCAGAUGCUAACAGCUGCUGCCCCUGCUGUACAGUCUCAAUACUUGACCUCUAAUGCACUGGGUAUGCAGGAUGGGAUUGGCGGUGUCAAUGAAGAUCCAGCAAAAAGAUUGAGUAUGCAGGCCCAAAAUAUUGGCUUACCUAACUUACAGGCUGGUUCAAAAGUGGACCACCCUGCAAUUACCUCAUUAGCUCAACAACAGCAGCAGCAGCACCCUAUAUUGCAACAGCAGCAGGUCCAACCACUGCAGCAAAACUCUGCAAUUCUACAGCAACAGCAAGCCCAGCUGUUGCAGCAGAAUGCCAUUCACUUGCAACAGCAGCAAGAACAACUCCAACGGCAACAUUCACAGCCACCACAGCAGUUGAAGGCCACUGCAUCUCUUCAGCCAAUGGACCAGCACAAGCUGAAAGAGCAACAGCCUUCAGGCGGACAAGCAGUCUCACAAGCACAAUUGUUAAACCAGAUUUUGCAACCAUCGUCCUCUCAGAUACAACAGUUGGGUUUACCCAAGUCACCUACCCAACGGCCAGGGUUACCAGGUUUAACGACCAUGGGUUCUUUGCCACAACCACAAUUAACUCAGACUCCACAGCUGCAACAAACAGCAGAAUACCAGCAGGCACUCCUACAAAGUCAACAACCCCAACUACAACAACUAUCACAAUCAGAACUGCAGCUGCAGCUGCUUCAAAAGAUUCAACAACAAAAUUUGCUAUCUCAGCUGAACCCACAGCAUCAGUCGCAGCUGAUCCAACAACUAUCUCAGAAAAGCCAGGAAAUUCUCCAACAACAAGUUCUUCAGCAUCAGUUAGGCGGUGCUGAUACUAUGGGCCAGCUCAAGCAUUUGCAGCAAACACCUUUGAACCACAUGACAGGAUCCAUGACACCCCAGCAACUUGUAAGAUCACACUCAGCACUUGCUGAGAGCGAAGAACCAUCCAGCUCAACAGCUCCAUCUGGCAGCCGUGUCUCUCCAAUAAAUUCAUUGAGUAGAGCACAACAAGGAAGCAGAAAUUUGCCUGAGAUACCAUCAACACCACACAUUGAGCACUUACUUCAGGAAAUUCAAAGUAAGUCAGAUAAUCGAAUUAAGAAUGACAUACAAGGCAGUAAAGAAACGGUCCAUGCACCUAAUCGGCAUCCGGCUUCAGAUCAACUUGACGCAUCAUCUGCGACCUCCUUUUGUUUAGAUGAGAGCCCACGAGAAGGCUUUUCCUUUCCUCCAGUUUGUUUAGAUAGCACUGCUCAAGUUGAUCCAAGAGAUAACUUUCUUAUCGCGGAAAAUGUAGAUACAUUAAUGCCCGAUGCCCUGUUGUCAAGAGGGAUGUCUUCAGGAAAGGGUAUAUGCAAUCUACCUACUGGACAAAGGGAUCAUAGGGAUGUGGAGAACGAGCUAUCCUCUGCUGCAUUCAGCUCCCAGUCAUUUGGUGUGCCUGACAUGUCUUUUAAGCCUGGAUGUUCAAGUGAUGUUGCUGUUGCUGAUGGUGGAAUGGCAAGCCAAGGUUUGUGGAAUAGUCAAACACAACGGAUGAGAACUUUCACUAAGGUUCAAAAGCGUGGAUCUGUGGGGAGAUCAAUCGAUAUAACACGAUACCGAGGUUAUGAGGAUCUUCGGCAUGAUCUCGCAUGCAUGUUUGGUAUUCAGGGGCAGCUUGAAGAUCCCUACAGAACAGAUUGGAAGCUGGUGUAUGUUGAUCAUGAAAAUGACAUCCUCCUCGUUGGGGAUGACCCCUGGGAGGAGUUUGUAAGCUGUGUGAAGAGUAUCAAAAUAUUAUCAUCUGCUGAAGUACAGCAAAUGAGCUUGGAUGGCGACCUUGGUUGCAUCCCUCCACAAGGGCAAGCCUGUAGCGCUUCCGAUGACGCAAAUGCGUGGAGGGGCUGACGUAAAUACUAAUGUGCAUCUUACCAUUAUUUAGAGGAUACUGAGUGAGGGAUAAAGGAUUGGAAUACACGUCUAAUGUUAUUACGAGGUAUUACUUAGGGCCAACUCACUGACAGAACUGAUGGAAAUACUUCUGGCAGAAUUUGUUCAGCAAACUGCCUUAUUUUGGCGGUCCUGACGCUUUGUUCCACUAAAAUCCGGUAAUUACCAACAUAAUCAGAUUAGUUUCUUUUUUUUUUGGGAUACUAAACUUCUUUGAAGUUGAGAAGCUACCUCUGUUUAUUGGGACUUACAUUCAUUGUAAUCCUUCAAAUUGUUCAAUUGUCACAAUGUAUAUAUGUGCUGUAAACCCUGUAACUUCUGGCUUUGCAACUCGCAAGCCCCAUGUAAUUGUUCCAGUGCGCUGCUUCCACUACUGAAGUAGUAGAAGUUGUAUUGACUAUCUGUAACAGAUAACUCGGAUCCAAUGUCGGACCUCGGACGUAGUACAGUCUUCAGUCUUGUUAA